AACCUUAAAUAAAAGAGAACCCUCUCUGCAACAUUUAUUAAUACUCAAAACAUAUCUCUCUCUCUCUGUCUUUACUCAUUGUCGUUAUGGUCGCGCCGCCUGUAGCCGCCGCGUCCUCAGAGCUCCCUACUCCGUUCCCCGCCGUCUUCGAAGAACCAAUGGAGAAACUCAGCUUCCCGAACGAGUUCCCUUACGAGUUUGCCUCCUCAACGUUUUCAACUUCUCCAGAAGACUCAACGGAGACGGAAGAUGAAACAACCGACGACGAAGAUGACUUUUUAGCCGGGUUAACUCGCAGACUCGCUCUCUCAACUCAGCGCCUCUCUUCUCCUUCCUUCGUCACCGACAAGUCUCAGCUGAAACCUAAAGUCACUGAGUCAGCUCAGAGUGGACUCGGAAGUCCUAAUGGACCGUUUUCUCAAGCUCCUUCACCGCCGACAUCUCCGUUUCGUGAAGAAGACUCAUUGAAAGUGUUAUCUGCUGCAGCUGGAGAAGUCGCCAAAAUCAAAAGGGCGAAUUUUGAUGCUAAACCCAUCAGCCGCCCAAACCCUAACCCUAAUUCCUUAAUCCCAUUGCCUCAAAACGCGGCGUUUUAUAACUACUACUGGCCCUACUGGCUAUGGCAGCCGCAUUAUCAUCAAUCUCAGAUGGGAAGAGUUCCAAAUGCUUGGCGUGUGUCUCCUUCUCCCGUCAGAGGCGUUUACACAACUCCAACCGCCGUGAAAUCGCCGUCUACUGGUACCGGCGUUUUCCUUCCCCGGAAAUACUCAAUCCCUUCUGAUUCCCGGAAGAAAACAGGAGAUGGAUGUGUUAAGAUUGUUAACCAACAAAAACCUAAAACUAAAAGUGAAGGGUUACCGGUUCGGUGUAAACCAAAUUCAAAAGCUGGUCUCUCUACAGGACGCAGCAAAAUGGAUCACGUAGCUGGUGGUGGUUGUUUGAAGCAAGAAAGACCUCUUCCACAAGAAUGGAUGUACUGAGAGUUUGAAUUAGGUUAUGUAGGGUUCAGGACUUGGAAGAAAAUAUUACAGAAAUGGUCGUAGUUAGUGGGUUGACUUUAUAGUGUUGAUUGUGAUGGUUAUUGGUUAUAGUAAAGAAUAAUUAUGUGG